GGGGCCAACCUGGCUAUGUGGAGACAUUGCCAAGAAACUAUCGUCUCGUCUGACUGACGUUCGGAAGCAAGUCAUGGAGCUCGGCUAAAUGUACCCUACUGGCGACCCUCGAACCUAUCCUAACGCGAUUGACCUUGGUACUUCCAUUGGCCUCUCUGCCGAGGCGGAUGCUCCAAUGUGCAGCGUCUUUUAUAUUACAGCUUUGCCCUAAUUCAGAAACACCGAGCCCAGACAACCAUGAAAAUCACCCCAACUACCCUAUCCCCCCGGUCCUGCCAUACCACCCCACCGCUUCCGUAGAUGCACCCCAGCAACUAUAUGCUGUCAAUUUCGUGCUGCCACCAUCGGAUUCAUGCACCAACCCAGGUGUUAUGUCAGGCGCAGACUCUUUGCAACGGAUUCGAGAAAAUACCCAGACGGUUUUCCAGGACCAAUCUACCACGGAGGCUCGCAGCGAGCCUGGUGGUGUCCCCUUGUACGUGCCCUUUAACACAUUUCCAAGCUCACCGGCCAAUGCACCACGGCAUUCUGAUGCUUUCCCUACUGGCUUACAAAGUGCAGCGGUAGCCACCGGCACGGGCGCACCCAUAUCGCCUGGUUCGUUUGGUACAGAAGAAAGGGAGGGUGUGACGCACAUCAAGAAUUUGGUCGAAGAGCCCUGGGAACUCGAACAUCCUCAACAUUUACCAAGCACAACGCCACCUCCAAGAAUCUAUGCUAGAAGUGCUACUGGUGACCAUUUCCGUCAUGCGCCAGGAGCUCCCCAGUCGACGCCACUUGAAGCCGACCAUGGCAUAGUAGAGGAGUGCCAGGAGUAGGAAUACAUACUGGUUCUGACCUGCAGGGUCGCCAUGGCAGAUUAUAAAGGACACGAGGGUCGUCAAGCUCGUGGUGGUUGUUCAAGCUUCAAGGACCAUGGAAGGUGCACAUGAGCAGCUGCGGCUGGGACUAGUGGUAGCAGUAACACAAUUGACCAUCAUAUAGCGAAAUGUGUAGUGAAUAGUGCAGAAUAUCAACAUGGCCGUGGAAAGACAAGUUGGAACGAAGGAACAAGGGCAACGUAUUCCGCUCGCUGCUCAUCUGUCAUCACAUUACCGCGGACGAUCAGACUAUCCAGUGGACACUCUGACUGUGCCAGGAAUGCCUUGAACUCUUCGUGAGGCCACUCUGAUACACCGUGA